AUGCGCCCUGAAGACCGGGGAGAAUAUGAGCUGCUGAUGGAGAAACAACUGGGCCAAGGAAGUCGUAGUGGUGUGAACACCAUUGUUUUGCUGUUCAAGGUUGCACCUUUUUCUACGGUUCCUCCCUCUACAUUGUCAGCAUCUGGCCUCAUCAUGCAGCAAGCCACCUACUGGUUUAACAUCGCUAAGUGGGAGGAGGAGACGAGGGAGAAGGCCGCAAAAGCGAGCCAACUCGAAACAGAAAUCUCCAUUUCCACCGAUGACGCCCACCAUAAUGGUUCCCGCGAGUUCAUUAUUGCUGUUCGCGAUGCUAAGAACGACGAUGGCUCCAAGAAGUACCCCCUUCAUGUCCGCAUGAACACCCACGUCACUAAGGUGACCUUCGACGAGGCCGAAAACCCACCCCGCGCCACCGGUAUGGAGUCCCUUGAGCGCGAGCACCUCUACAAGGCUAGUCCUAUGUCGAAAUCUGCUCUUCCCGUGCCUCCUUCCCACCGAAACCAGCUGGAGGAAAUGGCCGGAGAGUUGGAGCGCCUCAACCAGGAUUUGAGUGACAUCCAGACCGAAGAGGAAAUUGACGCCGUUGAGGAGCAGAAGAUCUGGAGCCAGGUCUGUUAG